GAUCGCUUGAGCCUGAGAGUUCCAGAUCAGCCUGGGCAACAUAGUAGGACCCCAUCUCAAAAAACACAUUUUUUCCAGUGAAGACACCCUUCUCACCAGAACAUGCCUCUCACCAAGGAUCUCCUUUAUCCCUCUCUGGGAGAGGAGAACAGGAAACACAAGAAGCACCAGGUGCCGAGCCCCAGUUCCUACUUCAGGAAUGUGAAAUGCCCAGGAUGCUAUAAAAUUGCCAUGGCCUUUAACCACACACAGGCGGUGCUUUUGUGUCUUGGCAGCUCUGCUGUCCUCUGCCAGCCCACAGGAGGAAAGGCAAGACUUAUAGAAGGGUAUUCCUGCAUAAGAAAGCAACACUAAAGGAACCCUGAAUCAAGAUGAAUGGGAUAUGAUCCCACUAAGCGCAUUCUUAUUAAAUAAACAACAAACAUAGAUUUCUUUUAGCUGUUAAUUAACAUUCAGUGUGGUGGUGACAAUGUUGGGGAUGUCUGGGAGAUCGGGCUUCUGCAUUUAUUUCUUCUAUUCUCAGGUAGCUAUCUGCUCAUAAGGCAUACAUUCUACUUCAUUCAUGCCAUUUCUUCAGAGAUUUUCUUGUCUAGUUGCUUUUCUAAAUUGAAAUCUCAUCAUUUUUACCUUCAUAUUGUGCUUUUUUUUCAUAGUAUUUAUCAAUACCUGAGAUUUUUAUAUAUUUAUUUUUUUACUGUCUUUUUCUCCCACUAGAUUGUAAGCUCCAUGACAGCAGGGACAUGGUCACUCAUGUUUUGUUCACUCAUGUUUUCCCAGCACCCAAAACAACAACUAGGAGAUGCUUAAUGAACAUUGGUUGAAUUAAUUUGAUUGAGUGAGCAUCUAUUAUUUGUACCUUUGGAACAAACUCUCAAAAAAGGUUAAAUGGCAUGCACAUUUUAAAGACUUGUGAUAUAUAUUCUACAUUGCCCUCCAAAAAGAAUAUAUAUCAGUUCAUUCUCCAAGGAAUUUUAUACUUUUAUAAUAAAAGGAAACUACUGAAAUAAAC